UUUCGAGUGUGUCGUCGUGAAACAGUGAAAGUUCAGAGCGAAAGCGAAACGACGGGAGUGGCCCUUCGUUCAGCAUAAUUGACGAAAUCUGAUAGAAAUGAAUUGAUCUCUUAAUAAUUCUGUCACGGAGUACUAUUGAUACUACUUGUGUUCGGAAUCCUUUAAUCUAUCGCAUAUUUGCAACUGGAAGCCAUGGAAGACGAUCUGCCGACUGAGUACGAUGUCAUCGUCGUCGGGACAGGUAUGACCGAGUCCAUUGUCGCUGCAGCCGCGAGUAGAAUCGGUAAAAAGGUCCUUCACCUAGACAGUAAUGAAUAUUAUGGUGGCCUUUGGGCAACAUUUAAUUUUGAUGGUCUACAAAAGUGGGUAGAAGAUUUGAAAAUUUCAAAGAAUAAUACUAAGGAUGUGUCUGGAAUAGAUUUGCAACCUGAAGAAAAGUUCUUAAAAGCUAGUGAUCAAUAUUCUACUGUUGAAAAUAUUGAAGAAACUUGGUAUAUUUCAAAUGAAGCUGAUCUGCCAGUGGUUUCCUCUAAAGAUACUCAAACCGAUAAUAUUGGGGAAGGCAGUGGUAGUGGAGAUGAGAAAACAGACGAGGAUAAGGUUGAUAAAAAAGAGAAUGUUAAACACUGGAGUAUAGAUCGUAUAAGAAAAGAAUACAGAAAAUUCAAUAUCGAUUUGGCACCAAAGUUGCUGUUUGCACGAGGUGAACUUGUUGAGUUAUUGAUCUCCAGUAAUAUCUCUCGUUAUGCGGAAUUUCGAUCAGUGUCCAGAGUGGCGACGUUCAUGGAUGGAAAACUGACACAAGUACCUUGUUCAAGGACUGACGUAUUUGCAAAUAAAACUGUUAGCCUUGUCGAAAAACGAAUGCUUAUGAAAUUGCUCACUUCAUGCAUGGUGCAAGGAGCUGAUAGCCCAGAAUUUGAUGGAUUCCAGGACAAGACGUUCCUAGACUAUCUAAAUACAAAGAGUUUGACACCAAUUGUGCAACAUUACAUAGUUGAAGCAAUUGCAAUGGCCACUGAUAAGACAUCUUGUAGAGAUGGUGUAAAUCGCACAAAGCAUUUUCUUAACAGCCUUGGACGAUAUGGUAGCACACCUUUUUUGUGGCCUAUGUAUGGUAGUGGAGAACUGCCUCAGUGCUUCUGCAGAUUGUGUGCAGUUUUUGGAGGAGUGUAUUGUCUGAAGAGACAACUUGAUGGUGUAGUAAUAGAUAACGAAAAGUGUAAAGCUAUCAUUAGUGGCAAACAAAGAUUGACUUUGGAACAUUUAGUCGUUGGUCAGGGUCAUUUACCACCAGAAAUUGUGGCAUCGGAAGGUGAACAACGGAUAUCACGCGGAGUCUUCAUUACAGACAGAUCAAUAAUGCAAGGUGAAAAGGAGAAUUUGACACUUUUAUAUUAUCCUCCAGAAGAACCUGGUCAAGAACCUGUUACGCUGAUUGAAUUGGGACCAUCUACAAAUGCUUGCCCUCAAGGACUAUUUAUGGUUCACAUGACAUGCAAGCGAACGACGAAUGCAAAGGAAGACUUGGCCUAUGUUGUCAAUAAAUUUUUAAAGGCAGAACCGUUUGACCCAUUAGCCAUUCGUUCGUCCAUUCAUAGUCAUACACAGACUGUUUCCCCAGAUAAGAGACACCUUCAGGAAGGUAACCAGGCAAAUGACAAGGAAGAGUCGACAGAAAAUAUAAAGCCCCAAGUUUUGUGGUCACUGUACUUAAAUCUACCCGCAAGUGAUAUUAAAUUAAAUGAUUCCGCGCCAAGUAACCUUCAUCUUUGUUCGGGUCCAGAUUUAGAACUCGACUUUGACUUCGCAGUCAAUCAGGCAAUGAGGAUCUUCAAAGCGAUGUAUCCUGACGAAGACUUUCUUCCGCGAGCUCCAGAUCCAGAGGAGAUCGUGAUUGAUGAUGAAGAAGAGCCUGGGCCGAAAUUUGAGGGAGAUAUAGAGGCUGAAGAAAAGCAGGAUGUUGAGAAGGCUGAGAAAGAGGAAUAAAUGGUCUUUUUUUUUUCGUCUUUUCAUCACGGAAACACGGGCCAGCUCCCUUAGCCGCACACCUCUUUCUAUCCAAAGUUAUACGCGCCUCCUUUCGUUUGGAAG